GAUCCAUUCCAUAUUUCCAAUAACUCACUUCUAAGUUCUAACUGCCGAUUCUCCACUCUCAACUGCAAAAUCAGAGAGAGAAGGUGACGAUUACAGUGAUGGAAGGAAGACGGUUCAGACGGCAAGCAAGAGUUCGAGGUCAGACCAUUUUACCUUUGCGCUCUACUCGCCUCUCCAACACCAUUUCUUGCUGGUAUUGCGACCUUAAGUUUUGUCGUUUCAACGAACCCAUUUACCAAUUUGGGCAGAAAUACGCGAGAUUUUUGAGAGCUUGGUUUGCCGUGGGUGUUGGUUUUACUUUAACUGUGCUGUUUGGAGUCACCAUGAUUCUUAUCUGGGAAUCUGUGGCUACUUUAUGUCUAUCUGAUGGAAGCGAUAAGAUCACUGAUCUUUUUAGCUCCUUAUUAAUUGGUGUUAACCCUACGGUUUUUGGCUUUACGAUGUCUCUUACCAAUGUUGUAUAUUUGGUAGUUUCCACUUUGAUAUCUGUAGCAGUGCAUGAAUUUGGACAUGCUGUUGCUGCUGCAAGUGAAGGAAUACAGCUGGAGUAUAUUGCCAUAUUUCUAGCUGUUCUGUUUCCAGGGGCAUUGGUUGCAUUUAAUUACGAGUUACUGCAUGCUAAGCCACGCUCUACUGCCCUUCGUAUAUAUUGUGCUGGUAUCUGGCACAAUGCUGUGUUUUGUGCAGCCUGUGGAUUGCUAUUGCUGCUAUUGCCUAAUAUUCUUUCUCCUUUCUACAUUCACGGGGAAGGGCCGAUGGUAUUAGGUAUCUCUGGAAACUCACCCGUGUCUGGUUACCUAUCUCCUGGUGAUGUCAUUGUGUCAUUGGAUGGAAUUAAGAUUCACAAUGCACAAGAUUGGGUAGAAAUGGCAAUUUCUCUGGAAAAGCAGACGUUGAUGAACUCUGAGUCCAAGGUUAUGCAAGGAUUGCUAACUGUUAAUAGGAGAACUUAUUGUGUCCCAAGUUCUUUGGUGGAGAAAAGUGUAACUGUUCUCUUGAUGAGUAACCAGUCUACUUGUCCUGAUGAACACUUUGCUUUUGUAUCUGUUCCCUGUUUUGACUCAAGUGCUCAUUCUUCCAACAAAGAGGCAUAUGAUAUUCAGAGAAUUAAUAACAAUGGAUACUGUCUCAAUUCUGCUGAUAUUGUCAAGCUUAAUAGUUGUGGAAGCUUGUGGACAACCGGUGAUAGUAGAAGUAGCUGCAUAUGUUCAGAGAAUGAGCUGUGCUUGUCACCAGUUCAAAUGUCUGGUGUUGUGUGGGUUGAAAUCAUGUAUAGAAGCCCUUAUUCUCUUCAGUGCAUGAAACUUGAAAAUAACCUGACUGCUGUGGAGAGUUCUGAUUCUGGGGAUAACUGUCACAAGACUUUCCUUUUUGUUGGUGAUGUGAUUUCCAUGGCACGUUCAGUGAGUAUGACAUCAUUUCAACCACGUUUCGCUUCCCCUUUUGGCGCAUAUUUAGCAGAUAUGUUAGAGAAGCUUUUUGCGUGCACCUUCCAAGUGUCAGUGGCAUUGGCCCUCCUCAACAGCCUUCCGGUCUACGGUCUCGAUGGUGAAUCAAUCCUGGAGGCAAGCUCUUUUUAUGUAACUGGUUUGAGUCCUGGGAGGAGGAGACUAUUGCUUCAAGCUUCCCUAUUUGGGGGCUCCAUCGUUUCUUGCCUUGUAUUUUUAAGAAUUUUUCUCAUCAAAUCUUGGGAAGAUGAGGUAAUUCUUGGUGGGAUGAAGUCUUCAUAGGGAGAUGUGCCAUUAUAAACCCGAUCAAUAACUGUCCGGCGAACGAGUACAGAGGACACCGGUUCAGCGGAAUGUGUUGCAAGCUUGUUUUGCAGAGGCUCAAAUGACAAUGGAACGAUACGUUGACCGGAGGCUGAUGUUUUGGAGAUCACGAAAGUCGUGAUGUCUUUGAUGCUGAAAGACGAACCGACUAGAUAGCCUAAGCUGUAGGUUACGGCGAGGAGGAUGGCAUAAGAUAGUAUUAUGACAGCAACGGAUAACUUUUCGUUUUCCAUCCGUCUUGGGUAACGAUGAUGGGCGGGAAGCUGCUGGUUUUUCAUGUUGCUUUAACUUGCUUUUCUGAUUUGGUUCGAGUUUUAUGAUUGUGAUGAGUAUGGUUGGUUGAAGACUUUGUAAUUUGGUUGUAAUGGUAUGUAUGCUACGCCACUGUCUAACUAGCAUCAGAUUCUUCUGUGGUAAGAUCUGGUCAUAAUUUGGAACUUUCUUAUAGUAAUAAUGUUGGGACUUUGUCAAGAAUGUAAAUGUAGGAAACUAGGAACCUGUAUGCAUUACUGUAUUUUGAACUGUUAUUCAUGGGUUAUUGUUUUA